AUGGGACACCUCGAGGCCACGUUUCAAGUACUUACCGUUAGCUCAUCCGUCUUCGUGAGACUUUCACCAUGGCCAGACUUUCAGCGCAUUUGCAAGACUAAAAACACUGGUGAAGUACAAAUUCUUCCUGUGGUGAUGCUAUUCACUAAUUGCGUCGUGCUCGCAUGGUUUGGCUACUUGUCCGAGAACAUUUUUCCGCUCUUCGUGACUGCUUUGCUUGGGCUUGUUACCUGCGGAGGAUUUAUUACAGUCUUUUAUCGCUACACCGACGACAGACCAUCCCUGCACAGAAUCUGCGCUGUAGGUUUCGCUGUUAUCGUACUUGUGUGUCUGUACGGCGCCAUUGGCCUUGCAGGCGUUACGGGGCAGUCCAAGUUCUCUAUGGCCACAGCAAUGGGUGCUUUCUCUGUUGUCACGUCCAUUGGGUUGUAUAGCUCCCCUCUUGCUACAAUCCAGCGAGUUAUGCGCAGUAAAUCGACGGCCUCGAUGCCUUUCACGCUUUGUCUCGCAAACUUCUUUAGCAGCGUAUGCUGGACGAUCUAUGCGAUUAUUAUCGAGGACGUGUGGAUUCUUCUUCCGAAUGCUUUUGGCUGUGUUCUCACUACGAUCCAAUUGGCAUUGUAUGUCAUCUACCCGACGUCAACGGCAACGGAAACACAGGUCAUAGCCGACCACUCGGGUGUCACAAUUGAGAUUGAGGGUAAAACCUCACUGUCGAUUGUGUUGAACACUACCACGCAAGAAGGAGGCCGUGUAGGAAGGAAGAGUAACAUUGAGCAAAAUGACUGCUUUAUCGAGGUUCGAUCGCCUGUAACGAAGUAA